CGCCACCGACCGACGCCGCCGUCAUCGUGUAGUCUCGCGUACUUGUGAGUUUGUGACUUGUGUAGUUGUGUGUACGGUGUACGUGAAUUUUCGUGCAAGUCCGAAUCGUCCACAAAACGCACACACACAUACACACAUACACUGGUACAGUGGUACACAGUACACACACAUACACACUCGCGUCUCACAUUCUCAGACGCUUCGAAUUCGAUUUAUUUUUUACGCGCACGGCGUUUUCGACCGGCGGUGUAGUUUAUUUGCGCGUCUGUCGGUGGUCCGUUGUCGCCGUUUUACCGAAUUCACGCCGAAAUCGUAACCGGCGAUCGUCAUCAAAUUAUGCGUUCAGUUUCCGUCCGACAAAACCGACGGGAUCGUAGCGCAUGACUCUUCAGCCGGCAUACGCCACUCUGCUAGAAAACCCGACGAACCACCACCAUCACCCACUCGGYGAUUCGGUCGUUUUGCAGCUAACACAGUAACACGUCUUGAUCAUCUUUCAUACAUAUCGUUCUCCUGAUUGCCACCGCUACAAUAGUACGACUACCAUCACUACGUCACACCGGAUUUCUAAAUAAUAUCGUCAAUUUAUCAUUAUUAUAGAGUACCACUGCUGUGAUAUUAUCAUUGUCACGGAACCAAAAGGAUUUGUGCGAUUUUGAUUGUCGGUUUUACGGUUUACUCAUCGAUGAUAACCACCUAACAUCCUAGUAAUAUAAAUUUCUACAUUGCACCAACAUUGUUCUACUUAGAACGCGACGUCAGCAGCUUUAUACCAGUUCUACCUCGUUUCGUUUUCCACGCGAACAGAAAACAUGGCCGAAGAUCGAGAGUCCAGUGAUCGCAAACAUGAAAAAUCAAAGAAGCGUGAUAGGGAACAUGAAAAAAAUGGUGUCAAGAAAGAAAUUAAAAGAGAAUACAAAGAUGAGCCCUAUGAUUCAGGUUAUCAUUCCCAAAUUAAAAGAGAUUACAAAUUAAAUCAUAGUAUUAAGGAUGAACAUUUUUCUGAUGAUGGUGACUUUAAUAUAUCCAGCCACAAGAGGAAACAAAGUGAUGAUGAUUUUUCUAUUAAGGAAGAAAUAGUGUCUGAUGAUGACAUACCUUUAUCAAAUAGAAAACGCAAACAUUCUGGUAGUAGUGAAGAUGACGUUCCUCUGAGCACUCGAACAAAGCAUAUUAAAAAGGAACACAACAGCAGUCACAAAAAACAUAAAAAAGAUAAGGAGCAUAAGAGUAAGCAUAAAGAAAAAGAUAGAAAUCAUUCAUCUAAAGAUUCUAAACAUAAAGUAAAAAAAGAAAAUUAUACAUCUCAAAAAGAAAGUCCUGUUAAGGGUACACCAAAGAAAAAAAAGGAAGAAGAACCGCAAGAAGUAUGGAAAUGGUGGGAAGAAGAGAAAAAAGAUGAUGGUGUUAAAUGGAAGUUUUUGGAACAUAAAGGACCUGUUUUUGCUCCAGCAUAUGAACCUUUACCGAGUAAUGUAAAAUUUUAUUAUAAUGGUAAACAUGUAGUUCUUUCAGAGUUGGCAGAAGAAGUAGCAACAUUCUAUGCUAAAAUGCUUGAUCAUGAUUAUACAACAAAAGAAGUAUUUAAUAAGAACUUUUUCAAAGACUGGCGCAAAACUAUGACACCCAAAGAAAAAGAGUUAAUAACUGAUCUCUCAUUAUGUAACUUUAAAGAGAUGAAUGUAUAUUUUACUAAAAAAUCUGAAGAACGUAAAGCUAUGAGUAAAGAGGAAAAAAAAAAAAUUAAAGAAGAAAACGAAGCUAUGCAAAAAGAGUAUGGAUUUUGUACUAUUGAUGGACAUAAAGAAAAGAUUGGUAAUUUCAAAAUUGAACCACCUGGUUUAUUUAGAGGACGAGGUGAGCAUCCUAAGAUGGGUAUGUUAAAAAAACGGGUAGUACCUGAGGAUGUCUUAAUUAAUUGUAGCAAAGAUUCUAAUAUACCUAAACCUCCACCUGGCCACAAAUGGAAAGAAGUUAGACAUGACUUUGGUGUCACGUGGCUUGCUAGCUGGAUAGAAAAUGUUCAAGGGCAAGUUAAAUAUGUUAUGUUAAAUCCAUCUUCUAAACUUAAGGGAGAAAAAGAUUGGCAAAAGUAUGAGACUGCUAGAAGAUUGGCAAAAUCAAUUGAUAAGAUAAGAGAAAAUUAUAUUAAUGAUUGGAAAUCUCGUGAAAUGCAUGUAAGACAAAGAUCUGUUGCUUUGUAUUUUAUUGAUAAAUUGGCAUUAAGAGCAGGAAAUGAAAAAGACGAAGACCAAGCCGAUACUGUUGGCUGUUGCUCUUUACGUGUGGAACACAUACAAUUACAUGAAGAAUUUAAUGGCAAAGAAUAUGUAGUUGUAUUUGAUUUCCUUGGUAAAGAUUCCAUUAGAUAUUACAAUGAAGUACCUGUAGAAAAAAGAGUAUUCAAAAACUUAAAGAUAUUUAUGGAAAAUAAAAAAGGUAGUGAUGAUUUAUUUGAUCGUUUGAACACAUCAAUAUUGAAUCAACACUUGCAUGAACUUAUGGAUGGACUUACUGCAAAAGUUUUCCGUACGUUCAAUGCUUCAUGGACACUUCAACAACAACUAGAAAAAUUAACUGAUCCAGAUGUGUCUGUUGCGGAAAAAAUCUUACAAUAUAAUCGGGCAAAUCGUGCAGUUGCUAUCUUGUGCAACCAUCAACGUGCUGUUCCAAAAACACACGAAAAGUCAAUGGGAAAUUUAAAGGAAAAAAUACAAGCUAAAAGAGCAGCUGUAAAAGAAGCCAAGAGUCAAUAUAAACAAGCUAAACAAGAUAUUAAAGACGGUAGUGUGCAUUCCAAGACUCAGUUAGAAAAGAGGAAAAAAGCUUUAGAACGAUUAAAAGAACAAUUGACUAAAUUAGAAGUUCAAGAAACUGACAAGGAAGAAAACAAGACAAUUGCUUUGGGUACGUCCAAAUUGAAUUAUUUGGAUCCGCGUAUAUCUGUAGCUUGGUGCAAAAAGUUCAACGUUCCUAUUGAGAAGAUAUACAAUAAAACACAAAGAGACAAGUUUAGAUGGGCCAUCGACAUGGCUGGACCAGAUUACGUAUUUUAAAUUUGAAUGAAACAAAAUAACUUUCUCAGUGAUUAAAUCUAAAUAUAAUACUAAUAUCAGUGAUU